AUGAAACUUUUGGAAAGUAAAGGAAGUGAAAGUGAGGAGUUUGCUCCUGAUCUGUCCGACAGAGAACUGCACUCACGAACAUCGGAACAACGCAUCAUUCCUGUGCUGUAUUUUAUUACAGGCUAUGAUAACAUGAACAACAAAGACCUUCCUGAAAACUGGGUUAAGCUACUUCAUGACUCUGGUUUAAUUAUGUAUUUCAAUCCCACAAUCGGAGUCGCUACUCUUUCUCGUCCCUUUAUGGUCACUUCGGAGAGCGUCAAAAGUACCACUAUUCCUAUUUUCGCUAUCCCUUGCUUGAAUUACCUAUGCAGUAAAUUGGCUCCAAAAGAAUCCUUAAGUUCAAAGGCUUCAGUUGUCGGUAAAUCAUUGGAUGAUAACAAGGAUCAACAACGGGAUUUUCUCGAGAGUAAGGAAAAUGGUACUCAUGAAUGUUCUUGCAAAGGCGGUGGCAAUGAUUGUUGUGGUGCACUUGUGAACGGGGAAGACGCAUUUGAAGUUGCUGAAAAAGAAAAAGAGGAAGGUGAGUUGACAACAGACGAAGAAGAGGAGGAAAAUGAAGGCGAGGACGGUGAACCAGAAGAUUUACCACCGCCGACCAAACGUCUCUGUUGGAGAAGCGGUAAUAGGCCUUUCAUUUCAUCAGAUAAACCCAAUACUGCAGUUGAUAGUUUUAAUUCUCUUAGUCAGCACAUUCUUGAGAAUCAAGCACCUUUGGUCAUGGAGUCCAGUUUGGCAUCCCAGAAGGAAAAUUUGAUGCAACAAGGAUCGCUGCCUGAGCAGCAAAAUGAUGGCGAUGUGCAUAAUUCAAAGCUAUUAACCCCUGAAGAAGUGCGGGAAUAUUGCAACAAGUUAUUCAAAUUCAAGAAAACCGGUGCUGUAACUUUCAGGAAUCGUUGGGAGCGCCUUCGUUUCUAUCGCACAAAGAGGGGCAAUCAACGGAUGAACGAUGGUGAUGGAUCUUGCGAAGACACAGAGGGCAACUCGAUGGAACAACGAGCUAAAGAACGCAUCUUCCGACUGUUCGACAAGUCUCCAAUCUGCAUUCUGCACGAGUAUUGCCAAAGCGUUCUGCAUGUGCAGUCAAACUUCAAACCUUUGAUGAUUGAAAAUGACAAACAACUCUUCCAUUAUGCCAUUGUUAUCAACAAUGUAACGUAUCCAACUGGAUCAGGAAACAGUAAAAAAUCGGCUCGAUCUGAAGCUGCUCGCUUGGCUUUGUUCAAAAUAUUGCCGGAGUAUAAAGCGUUUUUUGAAGAGAAGAAACAGUCGGGAUCGAUGACUAUGGAGUUGACUGGAUCUAUGUUGUCUGAGGCUGAUAUCGACCUCUUCCGAACAGUACCAGUUACGGAUAGACAGGUUUAUGACAUAGUGGCCUCCAGGCAACUGAACUGCGCCGCUCCAUACGCCAUAUUUGGGGAGUAUGUCAAACGUCACUGCAUUCCAGAGAGUGAUGUGCAUUCAAAUAUGAAUAUUCAUAGCAAGAAUAAUCACAUUUACGAAAUCAGUAUUGGACAAAAUCGUGUACAAGUUCACUGCAAAAAUAAACGCGCUGGUCGCAACUAUGCAGCCCAAGAGAUGCUAGCUAAACUACAUCCACAGGUCAAAACUUGGGCUGACCUUCUUGAACUCUAUGGUCCGAACACUAAGCCUGACAGGAAGUCGGACAACGAAGCUAUUCUCGACGCACAAACAAGACAUUCUAAUUCGGUCAAAACAGGUGUCAUUCGGAUUUUGAAGGCGAAAAUGCUGGAAUUAAGCAAUCAGUGGGAGGCGGCUGAGGAUGGAAAAAGGAAGGGGAAGUUCAAUGUGUCACCUAAUCAUCUCCCCGUGGUAUAUUUUCACCCGGAUUCUGCCACAAACGUAUAUUCCUACCCGCCUCCUAAUCCCACUUGUCCUGAACUGACCUGA